AUGGAGUCUUUGAAAGGACAGACUGCCUUCAUUACCGGAGCCUCUAUGGGCAUUGGUGAAGCUAUCGCUGUUGCUUUGGCUGAGCAAGGCGUCAAUCUCGCCCUCGUGUCCCGAAGCAAGGAUAAGCUCGAGACGGUCCGAGAAAAUAUCACCUCCAAGUUCCCUAAUGUCAAGGUUGGAGUGUAUCCCGUGGAUCUUCAGCAGCAACUCGAUGUCGAAAAUGCUGUCAAGGCAGCUAUCGCCGAGAUUGGUCAAAUUGACAUCCUUAUCAACAAUGCCGGACUAGCUCUCGGUGCCCCUGGACGGUUCUGGGAGAUCCCUGUUGAGCAAAUUACUCAAAUGUCAGGUACUAACAUCAACGGUGUCAUGUAUGCGACGCAUGCUAUCUUGAAUCAUUCUAUGUGGGAACGGAAAAGAGGCACUAUUAUUAACAUCUCGUCUGUAACUGGACUGGAAUGCCCCCCAUUUAAUGGCGAGGCAGUCUACCAUGCAUCCAAGGCCUUUCUCGAAGGUUUCACCAAUAGUCUCCGAAUGGAGACAGCUGGGUCAGAUAUCCGGGUUCUGGUUCUUCGACCUGGCUGUGUUGACACCCACUUUCACCUCCAGAGGGUUCAAUAUGACCAAGGCGCUAUGGACGAGUUCUUCCAGGGCUAUGACCCGUUGGUUGCUGAGGACCUUGCCCAGUCAGUGCUCUACAUGUUGAGUCUGCCUUCUCGCAUAUCUAUCAAGGCUUUGGACUGUGUUCCCACGGCGCAACGAGCUUUGACCCGGUUCGACCGCGAAUGGAAGUCUCGCCAUGAGUAG